UAUUUCGUAGUAAAAAUUAAUCAUGUUUCCAUCGAAGAAUUUAUUUGAGAGUAACGAAAUGAAUAGAUAUUUCUCCCAUUCCAUGGAUAAUGACCCUGUACCUCAGUACUCAUACUUUCAAUCACCAAUAGCCAAUCGUUCCUCCAGCUCUGCUGACUCCGUAUCACCAGAGAACUACAUUGACAUAUCAUUUCAAUGCUCCGGCGUGACCAGGAGAUCAAGAAUCACCCCAUCACCGAACCCAACAAUCUCAUCUUUGAAUGAUAUUUGGGAAUCUCCAUUGGAAAGAAAUUUAAUGUUCACAACAUCACCUCAACCAUUUCGUUCAUCACAGAUUUAUGAAUCAUCGCGAUCAUCACAGAUGAUGUAUGAAUCUCCACAAUCCUUACGAAUGUACGAAUCACCAAAAUCUUACAACAGACCAAUUGUUGGUCGUAAGAUCCUGGGCGCAGCUCAAGAUAAGAAGGAGCCUUUUAUUGACUGGACUCCGCCUAGCAGCCAACCGAAAAGCUACGAGCUAUUCCCUAAAACCGAAGAGCUAAUACCAACAAAAUCACCAACACUCUCUAUCCCCCGACCGCCGUCUGUAAAUUCAAACUAUAGUAGCACUCAUUCAAACUACACUUCGCCGUAUAACUUCAGAGUACCACAGUCAAAGCCACAAUUUGGUGCACAAAUAUGCACAUUCUGCCGUAAGAAUGGGGAGCGACCAGCGGUUUAUCAGGACCAUGUUGUAAAGAAGAAGGUGGGGGAUAGAUAUAUAGUUAGCUGCCCGAUACUGAGGUCACAUAGAUGCCAGUAUUGUGGAGCAUCGGGAGAUGAUGCACAUACUAUUACAUACUGCCCAGUUUUAAGGAGCAGCAACAACGGUAAACCACUAGUGUCCACAACCGUCAAACUCAAGAGUACCCCCAUUAAAAGCAAUGGUAAGAGACGAUACACUGGUUCAAUGGCUAGAAUGUAA